AUGUCCUCUCUCUGGCCUUCACUACCAACAAGGAAGAUAAAGCAUAAAGGCCCCCUACAUGAUGUCGCUUUCCACACCAACCUCCACACAUCUCCCCUCCUCUCCCAAUAUCUUCCCUUCUCUCACCUCUUGUCCUCUCCUCUCCUCUCCGAUUCCCUCUACACCUCUCCCCUCCUCUACCUACCUCUCAUCUCCUCUCCUCUAAUCUACUCUCCCCACAUCUCCACACCACUCCGCUCCGCUCCUCUCCUCCCCUCCCCUCCUGCCCCCUCUAACCUCCUCUCCUCUCCUCAACCUCUCCCCUCCUCAACUCUCCUCUCCUCUUACCUCUUCUCCUCUCAACUCCCUUUCCCACUUCUCCCCUACCCUCACCCACCCACCUUUCCUCUCCCCUCCUCUCCCCUCAUCUUCCCACCUCUCCCCUCUUUUGCCCUCCUUUCCCCAUAUCUUCCUUCCACUCCACCUCUCCCGUCCUCUCCUCUCCCCUCAGAUUCCCUCCACACCUCUGCCCUUCUCUCCCCACCUCUCAACACCUCUCCGCUCAUCUCCUCUCUUCGCAUCCCCUCCUCUCACCUCCUCUCCUCUCUCCACCUCUCCCCUCCUCUCCUCUCGCUUCCUCUCCGCUAUUCUCUCAACCUCUUAUCUCCCCUCCUCUCCUCAUCUCUCCACACCUCCCCUCACCUCUCCUCCCCUCCCCUCCCCUCCGAUUCCCUCCACACAUCUCCCCUUCUCUCUCUCCUAUCCCCACCUCUUCCCACCUCUCCUCUCCCCUCCUGCCCUCCCCUGCCCUCCCCUCCCCUCCCCACCUCUCCACUUCCUUCCCCUCCCCACCUCUCCACUUCCUUCCCCUCCCCACCUAUCCACUCCCCUCCCCUCCUGCCCUCCCCUACCCUACCCUCCCCACCUAUCCCCUGCCCCCUUCCCUCCCCUCCCCUCCCCACCUCUUCCCUCCUGUCCACUCCUCUCCUCACCUCUUUUCUCCUCUCUUCUCCACUCCCCACCUCACCCUCACCUCCUUUCCCCUCUUUCCAGACCUCCCCACCUCUAUACACCCCUUUAUCUCCCCUUCUCUCCUUCCCACCCCUCCCCACCUAUCCCCACCUCUCCCCUCCUGUCCACUCCUCUCCACUCCUCACCUCAUCUCUUUUCUCCUCUCCCCUCCCCACCUCUCCCUCCCCUCCUUUCACCUCUUUCCCGACCUCUCCACCUCUACACACCCCUUUAUCUCCCCUUCUCUCCUUCCCUCCCGUCCCCAUCUAUCCCCCCUCCUCUCCUUUCUCCCCGUCCUCUCAUCUCAUCUUCCCUCCCCCCUCCCCACCUCUCCACUUCCUUCCCCUCUCCACCUCUCCACUCCCCUCCCCUCCUGCCCUCCCCUCCCCUUAA